CGUGAGGUCAUCUCUCUACACAUAGGCCAAGCCGGUGUCCAGAUCGGUAAUGCAUGCUGGGAGCUGUACUGUCUGGAGCACGGCAUCCAACCUGACGGCCAGAUGCCCUCGGACAAGACGCUGGGCUUUGGGGACGACUCUUUCAACACUUUCUUUAGUGAGACGGGAGCCGGCAAACAUGUGCCGCGGGCCGUCUUCCUGGAUCUAGAGCCCACAGUUGUUGACGAAGUUCGAACCGGCACCUACAGGCAGCUGUUCCACCCCGAACAGUUGGUCACCGGCAAGGAGGACGCGGCCAACAACUACGCCCGCGGUCACUACACCAUCGGCAAGGAAAUUGUGGACCUGGUGCUGGACCGGCUGAGAAAACUGGCUGACUCCUGCACGGGCCUUCAGGGCUUCCUCAUCUUUCACAGCUUUGGUGGAGGCACAGGGUCGGGGUUCACGUCUCUGUUGAUGGAACGUUUGUCUGUUGAUUAUGGCAAGAGGGCCAAACUAGAGUUUGCCAUCUAUCCAGCUCCACAGGUGUCUACAUCCGUGGUGGAGCCCUACAAUGCAAUUCUGACCACGCAUACCACGCUAGAGCACUCGGACUGCGCCUUCAUGGUUGAUAACGAGGCCAUCUAUGACAUCUGUCGACGCAACCUUGACAUUGGUCGCCCUACCUACACAAAUCUGAACAGGCUCAUCAGCCAAAUCGUGUCAUCCAUCACGGCUUCACUCAGGUUUGAUGGUGCUCUCAAUGUCGAUCUCACCGAGUUCCAAACCAACUUGGUUCCCUACCCCAGGAUACACUUUCCGCUGGCCACGUACGCUCCCGUCAUUUCUGCAGAGAAGGCCUACCACGAGCAGCUGACGGUGGCUGACAUCACCAACUCAUUGUUUGAACCAGCCAAUCAGAUGGUCAAGUGUGACCCCCGUCAUGGCAAGUACAUGGCCUGCUGCCUGCUCUACCGUGGCGACGUCGUGCCUAAGGACGUCAACGCCGCCAUUGCUACCAUCAAAACUAAACGGACAAUCCAGUUCGUCGACUGGUGCCCCACCGGGUUUAAGGUGGGCAUCAACUACCAGCCGCCGACUGUAGUUCCUGGGGGAGAUCUGGCCAAGGUCCAGCGGGCCGUCUGCAUGUUGAGUAACACCACAGCCAUCGCUGAGGCUUGGGCCAGGCUGGACCACAAGUUUGACCUCAUGUACGCCAAGAGAGCCUUUGUUCACUGGUAUGUUGGGGAGGGCAUGGAGGAGGGCGAGUUUUCAGAGGCACGAGAGGACCUGGCAGCGCUAGAGAAGGAUUACGAGGAGGUUGGAGUGGAGACCGCGGAUCUAGACAAUGAGGAGGGCAGGGACCAAUACUAG